AUGAACCAGGGUCUCUCGCUCGCGCCCUAUAUUAUGAAGAACAUGCCUUCGCUGGCAAAGUCUCUGACUGGCGUUGGCGCGACGUACGCGAACGUCGCUGGCUGGCGCAAGUGGGGCUUGAAGUACGAUGACCUGCUUGUUGAGGAGAUUCCGACUGUCCAGAAGGCGCUUGACCGCCUGACGGAGCAGGAGUUCUACGACCGCGCCUACCGCAUUCGCAGGGCGCAGCAGGCGGACGUUGUGCACAAGGAGCUGCCGAAGGACCAGUGGAUCAAGGCCGAGGAGGAUGUUCGCUACCUCACACCACAUGUCGAGAAGGCAGAGGCCGAGAUUGAGGAGAGGAACAAGUGGGAUACUCUCGAGGUCAAGCGCCUGUAG